AUGUAACUGGAGUAUGUUCAUUCGUUUUACCGUUGCCAUAGCAACCAGCCCAAAAAAAAGCAAAUGGCGAAUAUUUUUGAAGUUUGUGUUGAGCUUUCUGCUGUUUUAUUGACUAUAUUUGAGUUUGUUUUUACCACAAUAUACUUUUGAAAACAUGGACCAGUUUGGCACACUCGAAUUAAGAUGGUGCCAAGGUUAUUCUGGUGAGAAACCUUUGUUCAUUGAAAAAGAUGUACUGUCUUACGUGUGUGGGAACACAAUCAAGUUCCACGACAUGUCGUCGGGUGUGAUAACUUUUUUAUCUUCAGAAGGCAAGGGAAUCUCUUGUUUCGCUGUGAACCCUACCAAAAUGGUCGUAGGAUUUGCUAGCAAAUCAAUAGACCCUGUUAUUUACGUAUACAAUUAUCCCGACCUAAUCACUUGCCGAAGCAAACUCCAUGGAGGUGCAAAAUUGGAGUACACAUCUUUGGCAUUUGCUGAUAACAGCAACAUUAUGGCAAGCUGUUCUGGCAUUCCGGACUUCAAAUUGAACAUAUGGAAUUGGUUUGAUGAGCAGAAGUUAUGUUCUGCAGAAACCAAUGAAGUUGUGUGUAGAGAAAUGUCAUUUGAUCCAUCCACAUGGAAGAAUUUAUUGUUUAUUGGCAAUGAUGAUGAUGUUAUAUGUUUGUGGAACAUUGAACAGUCCAAUGAACAAUUUCUUCUUACAGCAAAAACCAUCAAACUUCCAUACACGGAUGGUACUCCCGAGUUAAGUGAUUUCGAAGAUCUCUCGAGUUCAAUUAGUUGCAUGAGCAACCCCCUCUCAUCAACAAAUAUAAAAAUGACUAAGGCAGCCAUUGCUGGUAUUGAUGUUAAACGUCUUAGAUCUUACAUUCCAGACAUUCACAAAGAAAGAUGUUGUGUUAUCAGCCAUUGUUGGGGAAACAAUAGUGCAGUUGUAUUUCUGGGUUGUAAGAAAGGAUUUCUUCUUGUGCUUGAUUUGGAAACCCUGAAAUUGACUGUUUUAAUGGAGUGUAAUUUAGAGGAAGAUCAUUCUUCUAAGGAGAGUCUAAAUAUAAUCAAGGAAGGAACAAAACAUGUCGUUGAAACAGAAAUAUGGAAAUCGCUGCUACCGUGGAAAUCUGGUUUAAUUGCUGGUGGAAAUAACGGAGUAUUACGAUAUGUGAGUAGGUCAGGACUGAAAGGAAGAAUCGAAAAUGCUGUUGAAUUGAACAUUGCCAUUAAACACAUGAGCUCAUGGACAACUGACGAGAAAUUUAUCAUAACAGAUCAAAACAAUGCUGUCUAUCAUUAUGAAGACGAAAAGUUGACGAAAAUUUUUUACGAUUGUGUUGGUGAGAUUGUUGCCGUAGAUUGUCUUGAACAGGGAACAGAUUUUGUCGUGACCUGUAUUGAUAAUGGAUGCAUACAAAUUUGGUCAGUCAGCUCAUCAAUAUUAGUAUCACAAAUCCUUCUCUCGCAAGAGACGUGUAGUAUGGCUUGUUGUCCUUCUUCAAAUAUUAUCGUAUGUGGAACUGCGGCUGGCUUUGUUUACUUUAUUGAAGCGACGACAGUUGAAGAACCUCGAAUCAUAUCAUGUUUUAUGAUCCAUAAAGGUCCUGUUCUUCAUUUAUGUUUCGACACGUUUGGUCAGGUGUUGAUCACUGCAUCAAAUGAUGGUCACGUGUUCCUCGUUGAUCCUCGUAUAACCGCUGACUUUAAAGUUCUUGGGCACACAGCUAUUGUUGGUGAUGUUGUGGAUCUAUCUUGUCUCAAUGUAAGAGAUCAAAGUCGACAUGGUCCAUAUAAAGUUUGUGUUUUGCAUAAAACUUCAGAAACUUUGUGUAAGCUGACUCAUUUUGAACUUCCAAAAGAUGUGACGUUGACAGGUUUGUCUUCUUCACUUCACGAAGACGCAACGUUUCUGUUCAAGGAUGAUGUCAUCAAUAAAGCAAAAUGUGACCUCAGCAUUCUAUGUUAUAGUUUGGCUUUAUUACCCAACAAUAUUUUAAUCGUCAUGUCACAUCACGAGAAAAAAAUCAUCAAAUACAGUCUUUCCAUCUCGAACAAGGUGCUAAACCUUGAAAUUCAAGAUUCGUUCUGUGGUCAUCAACUACAUGGUGGUUACAUUACAGUUUCUCCACAUUUACGUUGGUUAGCUAGUUCUUCUCCUGAUGGAGACGUUAUACUGCGUGCUGUUGGUGCUUUGGACCGUUUUAUCCAGACGCCUGCUCAUCAUCACAGCACUGGUGGUGUCAUAAAGGCUGUGUAUUCUGGCGAUGGUCAAUACAUAUUUUCUGUUGGUGGUGAUGGUGUUUUAUCGUGUUGGCAAUGGAAAUUUACCCAAAUGGGAAAGGUUAAAGCUCAAGGAGCUGUUGAUGCAGCAAAAUUGCGUCAUUCAGUGCUGGGGAGACUACAAAAUGAACAGAAUGAUGCCGCUAAAAGAACAACAGAGUGGAAGGAAAAUGAUGAUGACAAAAGAACAAACAUGAGUGGUCAUGAACUGCAUUCUGUCGAUAGUGAUAUUUUACACAAAGGAACUACUUACGUCACGUGGUUAGAGAAAGUCACAGCUCAGGCACGUCGUAACGAGGACCUGAUGCACGCGGAAAGAAAGAAAGAACUGAGAAAGGAACUGCAGCAAUUGAAGCAACAAAUCAUGGAUUUGAUUGAAGAGAAUUCCACUUUACCUGAUCUUGAGAAACUUGAGCGCCACGAGUUCAAUCUCGAUGAGGAAGAAAGGCAGCGAUUGAUUGCUGUUGCCGAAGAGGACGUGAAGAAGGUGCGUGAAGAAAUUGAAUUAGAAAACUUGGCCAAAAUGUAUCUUUGUGAUGUUAUCAAGAAGGAAUGCUGGGAUUCGAUGGCUGUAAAAGGACGUGCCGUAAAAGGUUUUAACAGUAUACUCAGUGUUACAAACUAUCCCAUGAUAGAAAGAUCUCAAGAAGAACUGCAGGAACUAGCAUUUGUUACAAAACAGAGAAAGAUCGAGCUUGCUGAGUACGAAGCACAGAAGGAAUUUCUUAAAACCAAAGAUAUACUACAAGGUGACGAUGACGAUGACGACACACAUGAAGAUGUAAACACUGAAAGUUCCGAGAACUUUUCUCCGGCUCUCUAUGGCAGUCAUGCCUUUAGUUAUGGCGGCAAAAAUGAUCUUAUUGGCGAUCAAUUUUAUCUUCACACUAUUCAACAAAAACACAAUCAGAUUGUUUUGAUUCAGGAUUGUAUUUAUAAGAUCAAGGAGUCGUUCAACUUUGCUUUUCAAGAAGUGUAUCGUAGCAAAGUGUCAGAGCUUAAACGCAUUCGUGAAAAGAAUGUUCGAGUAAAAAAAAUAUUAAACGAUCUCUCGUUAAAUGAGUUUGUCUUUGAGCCAGUCAUGGAUAAUGAGGAAUGUCCGGAGACGCUGUUGUAUGUCAAGGAUGACGAGGUACCUUUUGAAAGAUAUGUAACCGAAGAAGAAAAGGUUAGAAUCGAACAAGAAAACAAGAAAAAUGAAGAACGUCGUCUCGUAGCACUUGCAGACAAUGCUCGCGAACGCGCACUUAACCAGAUGAUGAAAGGUGUCCUUGAAACGAAUCCGGAGGAGGAGUAAAAGGAUCUGGAACGACCGGAUGUGCUAAAGAAAUCGGAAGAGGAUUGGGGCGAGGAAGAGCAUCGUAUUGCUAAGGAGUUUGAAAGAAAGGAACAAGAAUUAAAGGAAAAAAGGGAGAAAUAUAAGAAAUCUUUGGAGGCAGAACUAAAAAAGCUUCAGGCAAAUAUUGAUGAAGCGACCUCUGGUUUUGAUGAAAAGUUGAAUCAGUUAUUUCAAAGGAAAAUCAAAACUGAACAGACCAUAUUUCAGGAAGAACUCAAAGUCCUUCGACUGACUGCAGCAAUUGUUGCCGAGGAAGAGCUAAGAACGCGCGAAGCGCAUCUUGUUCACGUUCUGGAGGAGAAAAAACACGAAAAGGGACGAUAUGCAAACGCAGCUGCCGAAGCAAAACGGGAAAUGGAGCUGUUUCGUGAUGAGUACGAGAUUAUGAUGGCCGAAGAUAAAAGUUUGGAUAAAGGAUUUAAACGAGAUUUCAGUGAUCAGGAUCCUGCCACUGUUGAACACUUAUAUAAAUUGUUCAAACGUCGGCCAAGAGGUCAGAAAUCGUUGAAAGCGGCAACGGAUGUUCAUGCUGAAGGCAAAACUGCUUCGAGACAGUCGUACACGGGAAUGCAGUCUUUGGAAAAAGCAAUAGAUGAGUUAGAUCGCCCGGUACAUAUGCCCGAUGGUCUGGAUGAAAAUGUGUGGAAUAGACUUAUACAAGCGAGAAGAGUAAAAGUCGAGAGUGAACAAAAGCUAAAAACGAAGGCGUUGGUGUUAGCAGACAUGAAUGGAUUCCUUCAAAGGCGAUACGAAGAAGACGAAACAUUUCGAGUCGAGAUCGAAAAUCUUUUCAAAGAACUUCAAAAUUUGCGAGAAGAAAAGACAAAGUAUGCGAUGGAUUUAGAAGUUCAAUUGUUGCUGAAACAAGGCCAGGUGGAAGUUCCUGCUGAAUCAUUUAUUAUUGACUACUCGAACAGUUCAUUGCUCCAUCGUUCUGUCAUUGAAGAUUUAAACCAAAAUAUACGGUCGCUUGGAGAAGCUAAGAUAAACAUCAUGACGGAAAGUAAAGAUUUCAAAAAGGGAAUUCAUGCUUUAGAAUGGGAACAUAAAAAAAUGAAAAUGCAAAUUGAGGAUUUGGAAGCAAAAGCGCGUGACAUACAACUAUUAAGAGUUACGAAAGAUCUGCAACAGUAUCUUGGUGAGGUGGAUCAGCAAGCUAUUCAACAAAAGGAAGUUGCAACACUUGAACAAACUCUUCAACUUUAUGAAAAGACUCAUGCUCGAAAUGUAGCGCGACAGCGGGUUGUUCGUGAUUUGAAGAGAGCGAUCAGGAAGAGAGUGAUAGAAAACGAAAGGAUGGACAUCGAUUUGGAAGAAAUGUCUUUAAAAGUUGCGGAACGAAGAAACAUCAGUAAUCCACAUGACGAGAGUCAAGCGCAAGCAAACAGAGAAGCACGACUUAAAAAUAUUGUCGCUCGACGACAAUUGGUUGAUCUUGCUAGACGGCAGUUAAAUGAGGUAACAGUAUUGAGAACAGAACUUGAGCGAUUACGCAUGCGCACAUUUCCUGCUCUUGUUCAAGUAGAUCCAUAAAAACAGAUAUCUUUAUUUACACAUUUUGUACAUUUACUUCCCUAUAUAGUUUUGUAAAAAGUUCAUUUGCUUAAACCAAAUCGUAAGCACGAUUGCAAUCUUUUAAUACAAUUGUUUGAUUUGGAUUUCUCA